CAUCGAGCAAGGAGCUAUCCGUUCACUUAGCUCUUUUGACAUACCACCUGCUGCUGCAUCCUUAGGAUUAUUCGCCAUAACGUCCAUUCGCUCACACAGUUUGCCCGUUUAAAAGAAGUUUUCUUUUGUUUUUCAUGCUUGUGGUUUAAUGCUCGGCUGAGUUUCGGCUUUAAUGUGGAAAAUGCGGUUUUUUUCAAACAAGUGAGUUUUUCUCUGCAAGCGGUUGAAAGGGACAUGUCAACACGAUCCAGGAAUUGCCAUUUCCGACGGGAAAUCCAGCUUUUUCGUUUUCAGAUAUAAAUAGCAAAUUUUUCCAAAAAAAAAGUUUCUUUUUAAUCCUGUGGAGAAUUCGGGUGUGGAGUUUCGGUCUGUGCGAUUUUGGCUAACGGUCAAAUAAGAAAUCUUUAUCAAAGCAUUUCAAUUGAUUGUUUCGUUUUUGCUCUCCAGAAAUGAAUCUUUUAUUCACUAGAAAAGUGACUUACAUAUAUUUGUUCAACCAGUUCAAGAGCUUGUGCAUGCAGAUUCCUUUUUGAGUGCACGCUACAAAGCGAAAUAAAUAACUUUUUCAAAUGUAAUACAUUUCAAACUGUGCUUUACAUACUAACGUUAAGUGGUUAGAAGGAGGCCAAAUUGCGGCCGAUGCUUAUUUGGAUUAAGGCGCCCCCUGUCGCCGUAGGUAUCCUUACGAUAUUUCUUAUUCUACUGGGCACUUCAGCGUCUGACGAAACCAACCUGAUUCCUACACCUGCUACAGCUGCCCCUACACCUCUGGAAUCACUUCUUACAACAGCUAAACAUGAAAAUCUCGAACUGCAUACUGUUCGUCUCGACCAACUGCCGUUUGCACGUAACAUUUUGAAUCCGUGCGGAUCAGAUAUAUAUAGUAGGACGCCUAUUAUUCAGGCGGCAGGACAUAGGACUUAUUACGCUAGGGAGUUUUAUAACUUGCUGGCUCAUUACGGCAAAAAGUAUCAGCAGAAAGCACAGCAACUGCUGAAUACAACUGCGGAGAAUUUACAUAAUUGUGCAUUUCAAGAAGUAAAUGACCUUCCAAACACACCAACACUUGAACAGCUACAGAACAUGACGAACGAAGAAGCUCUCAACAGUAUUUAUUCAUCAUUGACAAUGCAUUCUAUGUAUUCUUAUUUCAUUCACCAUCAGUUCGAAACCAGUGCCAAACGCUGCUCCGAAGACAUCAGAAAUGAGAGACAUCUGGCUACAUCAUCAGCAAAUUUGGCGACAGAACAGAAAACACUAGCUUGCAUAAUAAAAAAAGCUAUAUCGUUUUUAGGGUAUACUUUCCAAGAGAAUGAAGGUCUUUCAAAUGAAACUCUCACGUCAGUGAACGUAUGCUCUCGAAGAGCUCUCAGAGACUGUCAAGUGCUUCGCAGUGUCAAUCAUUCAUUGUCAACCAUAGCAAUUUAUGCAUCAAAUAUCACGUCAUUUUAAUUUAUCUUGAUGUCUAAUAUUUCAAAUAUGCUGGUCGUAUUUGAAGCAUUACACUAUGAGCUGUUUCAAACACAUUGGUGUCAUUUUCCUAAACAUUUUUAGUAGUCUUUUAUUGUGUUUGUAUCAUCACUGCGGUUUCCUUGCCAAUUUUACUGUUGGUCGGUCCUGUAUGUUACAUCACUCUCUUUGAAGUUUGUUUCAAAUUAAUGUUAAUGGAACAUACAUCAAUUUGUGAAUGGAAAAUUUUUUGUUCGCUGAGUAUGAGUUUUACUCGAGGAUCUAUUUUCCUACUACACUAAUCAAUUUUUAUUUUGUUCUUGGUAAAGUUGAGAUCUUGUUAAAACCGGGAUUCCCGUAAAUGAGUUCCUGCAAUAAUUUGAAGUACAUGUAAUACAUUUCUUAGUUUUCGGUCAUAAUAAAAUUAAUUAUUCAAUAAGUUUUGAACAAAAAUGACAAUCUUAAAAUUAAAGUUUUUUUUUUAAUAUUUAUAAAAAUUGUUCUUACCAAUUUGGAUGUUUAGAGCUUUAAGACAGAUUUUUUGCUUUGACUGAAAAGAUACACUAUGUAACGAACUUCAUUUUAACGCAUCUUUCGUUGUAUUAACAUGUUUCGUUUCGAUACCUAUCUCAUCUCAACUCAUAACCGUCACUUAAGUCAGUGAAAACAAAAUACUGUUGAUCUCUUUUCCUAGAGAGUAGAAAAUAUCUCGCUUAAAUUAUUUUACAAACAUUGUCGACAAAAUAUAUGCUGGCAUCACUAGCUCAAAGUGAGAAAGUUAUUUGCAUGAGGUAUCAUGCAAAUAAUUUAAAGCUGAUUUUAUAUUAUUUGCACGACAUCAAAUGCUUGAUCAUAAUGUAACUUUCACUAGCCUUUGGUUUAAACUGUACUUUAUAGAGAGGUGUUAUGACAUGCUUGGACCGUCGGAGUAUUGUAAUAAAUGUACUUGUGCCUUUCGAGAGACUUUUUUAUCUCUUCACAGAAAUGAAUUGUUUUAAAGCAUUUCUUAUUCCAAUUGUUAAAUUCAUGGAACAUUCAUUUUUGUGCAGCAAAAUGCGCUGCAUUUCUGUGUGUAGUUAAACUCUACAUUAAACAAUCUGUGUUCCUUUUCAUCAAUUGAAGAAUUAAUUCUUAACUCUGCAUAGCAAGGUUGAAUAGCCCAGUAUUUCAUUAUGAGAAUUGUAAGGUAGCUAGGAUUAAACUUUUUAAAAGUAUUAACCAACCGUACGCAUUUUCAAAAAAAAAAAAAAGGAAUUACGUAAUUAACGAAUUUCUACAAAUUUUGUAACUGCAUAAGUUUACACUAAUUUCAUACUAUAGAUGCUCCUAUCAUUCAUUUCAAAAAGGAUGUGUAUAAUUUAAUCUUCAGAUAUGGUUUGUAUUAUUAAAAUAAACAUAUUGCGUGCUCUAAAAAGAUCUUUACCAUUUUAAACAUCAAUAACAAAAAUUCUAAUAGGUGAAAUGAAAUGUAGUAUGCUGCAAAAGAAUAAAGAAGGCUAAGAUAUUUUAUUUUUUUCAAUUGUGUAUGGUAUAUACGUUUUUAGGGAAAGGACACAAUUAACAAUCCUCACUGUUACACUGCAAAAGUUAAAAACACCUGGAGUGAAAUUGAGUACAGACUCGAAAUAUUUAGGAUUGUUAACGGGGAGCUCACGUGCAAAUAUAUUGAAGGAACAGCAGAACUAAAAUUUUACAAAGAAUCGGAGCCGGAUUCCAUUCGGAUAAUAAAAUAUUCACAAAGUUGAACUUUUUUUUAAGGAUAUAUUUUAUUCAAAUGUAUUUUCUAAAUGGCAGAGAAAAAGAAAUAGUUUUCAAUUAAAAAAAGCUAUAAAUCAAUAAAUAAAAAAGCAUCAGUUUUACAUUUGGAUGCCUCAAUUGCCAAAUCAAUUAACUCCACUUAAAAAAAAAAUCCUUAUUUCUGCUUUAAUAGUGCUUUAUCAAUGCUUAGCAUGUGAAUUUAUAUUAAAGUUUUGGUUCAGUACAUUUCUGACCAUGUGAUGCAGAAAAUGUAACAUGAGGUCCUAUUUACUCCUAUGGAUAACACCAUCAUCUUCAUAAUUAUUCUCUACAUUUUGUUUAGUCGAUUUGGCAAUUGAGGCAUCCAUUUAAAGAGUAUCACAAGUGGUGCACAUUAAAAGCCAAUAAUAAAACUGCCCUAUGAGACAGUUGCUAACCAUCAAGAUAAUGUUUGCUCUGCGUAUUCACUGCGCGCGUAAGGAAGGACAACAGCGUGUGUAGAGAGAAUUGUUAUUUUGCAAAACGCAGCAAAACUCUGUUUUAUUUAUUUAUUUAUUUAUUUUUUUAAAGUUCUGCAAGCAUUUUGGAUAAUCAGCAAUUCGGAUAGUCAUAGUUCAGAUAAUUGGAGCUCUACUGUACUGUUUGAUAAAAUAACAUCUUACAUUUCUUCAUUAUUUAGCAGCAAACUUCAUUUCAUUUCACCUGCUAGUAUUUUCCCAUUGAUACUUGGAAUGAAGAUGAUGAAGGCUUUGAUAUUUAGAAUGAUAGAUAUUUCUCGGACAUGCCUUACUCUGGUUACUUAAUCAAAAGUCAAGGACAUUUUUUAUCACGAAGCUUUGAAUUUUUUCAAGCUAAAUGAUAUUUCGUGGCGGAUACGCAUUGCGUGAUUAAAAAUUGUUUGUUU